AUGCAAAUUUUUUUUAAAUAUUUUUUAAAAUAUAACUUAGUUUGUGGUUUUUCAAAAAAGUGUAGACUAUAUCAUCAAAGUCCCUUUGAAAGGCAAGCAUGGCAUAGUACAACUAUCUUGAGUGUUCGAACAAAGAAUUCAUUGGUUAUGAUUGGAGAUGGCCAAGUAUCUCAAGGUAACUUAGUUGUAAAACCGAAUGCUCGGAAAAUUAGAAAAAUUGGCAAUAUUGUUCUUGGUUUUUCGGGAGCAACUGCUGACUGUUUUACACUAGUAGAGAGACUAGAAAGUAAACUAGACAAUUAUUCUGGACAAUUAACCAGAGCCUGUGUUGAAUUAGCGAGAUCUUGGAGGACUGAAAAAUAUUUACGUCAUCUUCAAGCUGUAAUAAUUGCAGCAGAUAAAAAUGUUACAUUACAGCUAACAGGUAAUGGAGAUGUACUUGAAAGCUAUGAUAAUAUAAUGGCUAUUGGGUCUGGAGGUCCAUAUGCAGCUGCUGCUGCUAGAGCUUUAGUAUAUUCAAAUCUUGAAUUAGAUGCAUUGUAUGUUGCAACCAGUGCUAUGAAAAUUGCAGCAGAUAUGUGUGUUAUGACGAAUCAUAAUUUUGUAAUUGAGGAGAUUUCUAGAUAA